GACUCCGCAGCUGUAACAGCGGCUGCCACAGCUGGAUUCCCGGCCCGGCCAAUCCCGGCUGCGGCGGCGGCGGCGGCAGCAGCAGCAGCGUCCGGGGCCUGGGAAGGAGGGAGGAGGGAGGGGAGGCGCCGCGCCCCCCGCCCCCAACCCCCCGCCCCGGAGCGGACUGGCAUGCAGAGCGGGAGGCGGCCCCGGCCCGGCUAGGCCCGCGCCCCGCCAGCGGCAGAGACCCCCCCCCCCCCUCUCCAGCCGGGGCCUGGCCAGGCCCGGCUCUCCUCAGAAUUGUUGGGACCGGUACGUCUGCUGGGGAGUCCAGAGCCCCUCUAGGCCUUCCAGGAGGAUUGAGGUGACCACUUGGGACCCACCCAGCCUCUCCUCACCUGCUGGCGGCCAUGAACGAAGUCGCGAUUGUUAAGGAGGGCUGGCUGCAUAAGCGAGGAGAAUACAUCAAAACAUGGCGGCCACGCUACUUCUUGCUAAAGAGUGAUGGAACCUUCAUUGGUUAUAAGGAACGGCCACAGGAUGUGGACCAGCGGGAGUCACCCCUCAACAAUUUCUCAGUUGCACAAUGCCAGCUGAUGAAGACAGAGCGACCCAAACCCAAUACAUUCAUCAUCCGCUGCCUGCAGUGGACCACGGUAAUUGAGAGAACGUUUCACGUGGAGACCCCCGAGGAGCGGGAAGAAUGGACCAAAGCCAUACAGAUGGUGGCCGACAGCCUGAAAAAGCAAGAGGAAGAACUGAUGGACUUCCGAUCAGGCUCACCCAGCGACAAUUCUGGGGCAGAGGAGAUGGAAGUGUCUACGACAAAGCCCAAGCACAAAGUGACGAUGAAUGAGUUCGAAUACCUGAAGCUGCUGGGCAAAGGCACAUUUGGGAAGGUGAUCCUAGUGAAGGAGAAGGCAACUGGGCGAUACUAUGCUAUGAAGAUCCUCAAGAAGGAAGUCAUCGUGGCCAAGGAUGAGGUCGCACAUACGCUUACGGAGAACCGUGUCUUACAGAACUCAAGGCACCCGUUCCUGACAGCACUGAAGUACUCAUUCCAGACGCAUGACCGCCUCUGCUUUGUGAUGGAGUAUGCCAAUGGAGGAGAGCUGUUUUUCCAUCUCUCCCGAGAGCGGGUAUUCUCCGAAGACCGAGCCAGGUUCUAUGGAGCAGAGAUUGUGUCUGCGCUGGACUACUUGCAUUCUGAGAAGAAUGUGGUGUACAGAGACCUCAAGUUGGAAAACCUCAUGCUGGACAAAGAUGGUCACAUCAAAAUCACUGACUUCGGUCUGUGCAAGGAGGGGAUCAAGGAUGGUGCUACAAUGAAGACCUUCUGUGGGACUCCAGAAUAUCUGGCCCCUGAGGUGCUAGAGGACAAUGACUAUGGACGAGCCGUGGACUGGUGGGGCCUGGGAGUGGUGAUGUAUGAGAUGAUGUGUGGCCGGCUGCCCUUCUACAACCAAGACCAUGAGAAGCUGUUUGAGCUGAUCCUCAUGGAGGAGAUCCGAUUCCCCCGCACGCUCUCCCCGGAUGCCAAGUCUCUUCUGUCGGGGUUACUGAAAAAGGACCCCAAGCAGAGGUUAGGUGGCGGACCAGAUGAUGCAAAAGAGAUUAUGCAGCACAAGUUUUUUGCUGGCAUCGUAUGGCAAGAUGUCUAUGAAAAAAAGCUGGUGCCUCCGUUUAAGCCGCAAGUCACAUCUGAGACAGACACCAGAUAUUUUGAUGAGGAGUUUACAGCCCAGAUGAUCACAAUCACCCCUCCAGACCAAGAUGACAACAUGGAAUGUGUGGAUAACGAGAGACGGCCUCACUUCCCUCAGUUCUCCUACUCUGCUAGUGGAACAGCUUGAGAUGUAGCUGCCCCACAGGCAUCCAAUUGGAAGCAAAGACGUGGACUGCAUUUGGGGGAACUUGGGCUUCAACAGACACUAGGGAACUUCCUGUUACCUGACUUAUGAACGACGUUGUUUUGUACAACGCUUUAGAUUAAUUUCUAGGAAGUCUCACCAUUGAUUUGUAUUUUUAAAAAAAGGAAGGAAAGAAAAUUCUCUGUGUUUUUGAGAGGAACUGAAGCAGUUAUGAUAUUAAGUCAUUUUCAUGCCAUCCGGGACCUAAGGGUCUGAAAGAACAUGUAAAAAAAGCAAAAGUUCAUUUUAGGAAUAAGACGUCCAGCAUAUCAGACAGUUUGAAAAGAAAAAAACCCUCAUCUUUUUAUUUAUUUCAUCUAGCUUUUUUUGUUGUUCACCUCUAUGUUGCCUCGGCACUCAGAACACCCAGGUGGAUGGAUUUAGAAAGAUGUAAAGACAUUUGUCGCUAGUGCAAUAAUUAACCUCAGCAACAAGAUGAACAGGCUUCAAGGGCCAAGGAGAGCUCGGGGGUUGGGGUGUCGGUGUGGAUCUUCACCACCAAGGCAGAGAGACUGACCCUCAAAAGGAGCUGAGCUGAUGGCUUCAGUGAGGGGCACAGCAGCCCCAGGGUUGUGGCCACGACUCCUGAUGCAUGGCGAGCACGAUGGUUCAGGGGAGCUAAUCGAGGUUCUGCAUAGGAAGUAGGGGUUCCACAGUCAUCACGGGGAGCACCCAUGGACUAGAUCUCUGGCACCAACUCCCUGCCAGCCUGCUCCACCUCCUCCCUUCUCCCAUCAGGCCUCAUGCCACGUGUAGGCCAUGCACACCCAACCAGAAUUCCUCCAAUGAAAUAAAUAUUGGCACUGAGCCCCCUCUUCUCCUCCCCCCUCCCCACCAAUGGCUCAGCUUCCUUCAGAGUGUAGGUGGUGAGUUCCUGGAUAUGAGUAUGUAGGAAAAAGCCCCCUGUAACCUCCUAUAACUGUGUCCAGGCCACGUUCAGUCUCAGAGAAGCCUUUUUUUUUUUUACCCCCUUGGCCUAUGUAUAACGAAAGAACUUGAAUUUGAAUUUUUCCUCUGUAUUCAAAAGGAUAUGAUGUCAAAGUACAUUGGGGAUGGGGUGUCUUGUUAACUGUAUUGUGGACAGGAGCUACUCUACCCCACCCCCCAACACACACACACACACACACACACACACACACACCCUUCCUCACAUUUCAUUGUCCACAUCAUCUUAGUAACUUUCUACAAAAAACAUCUCGCUUUGUCUACAGCGAGUGCCCGCCUCUCCCGUCGUAGGUUAUAUUCUUUCUAGUUUGCUUAUGCACCACUCCCCGACUGUCCAACCCCAUGAAAUGAAACGUGCUGCAGGCAUGAGACGCUUCAGCCGCAGGUCACCCAUCGCGUCCCCCACCCCUCACCUCUGUCCAUGGCAUUUUUUUAUAAUGUUCAACUUUACUAUUUUUACUAUUAUAAUAUGGAAAUUUUCCCUCGGAGUACUUCAAUAAAAAUUGCUUUACAAGUUA